AGUACGUACGUGUACGUUGACUGUGAGAGAGUGUCAGAAGUCAUAGUGCCGUAGAAAGAGAGAAAGAGGGUGUUGGAGCUGUCUCGACGCCGUUCUAUUUUCGUCGGCGCGCCACUGCUGGCCCAGAUUCAACGCGACCGUCACGAGAGAAAGAGAGAGAGAGAGAAGAAAAGAGAAAGAGCGAACGAGCGAGCAAGCAAGCAAACAAGUUACCUUCUUCUCUUGUGUCUCUCUCUUUACGGAAAAAGAGUGAAAGAGUCGAACGAAACAAUCGAAUAUCUCUCUCUCUCUCAUAGCGAAAAAGAAAAUCGCGCAUACCGAAACUCCCGAUCGACCAAUCACCGGUGUCCGCGGCCGUUCACAGUGCCUCGUCGUCUUUCGUUCAGCACGUAUCGUUCUCAUUCUCUCGUGGGUCUUCCUUCCGUGCGUUUAGUUAAAUAUAUAUAUAUAUAUAUAUUUUUGUUCGUUUCCUUACUUUUCUUUGAUCGUGUUCUAACCUUGCCGAUUGCCAUCGGUAGUCAAUCAUCGUGUAUAUAGUUCUUCGGCAAUUUUGUUCCACAAAUCUCGCGUUAUCGUCAACGAAACGAGGACCAAACGUGAAGUACGCAGCCUAGUCCUGGAAGAUAUUUGGAAGAGAGCGUCUCGAACGCUCCUAGAAUGUGACUUCGAAGUAAUGCUUUUCCUAGUGAGUGCAUCCUCACAUACAUGGAGUUUCAGCUGGAUAGCGCAGAGUACUGCCAGGCUCAACACAAAUAGAGAGAUACGUCCAAGCAUCGUGAUAACACCUACCAUCAGGUAUCAUUGAAGCGUGGAACGAAGGAAAGAGAGUGAGAGAGUGAGUGAGAGAGAGAGAGAGAGAGAGAGAGAGAGAGAGAGAGAAAGAGAGAGAGGAACAUCGUGGGAAGAUCAAAGUAUCAGAAAUAUUUGGAUCAUCAUCGGAGAGUGUUGUUAGAGAAAAGAAAAUCAGCUAGUCAUCACGCAAAACGUAGAAGAAUUUAAUAGGAACAAUUGUUAAUUUACAUUAAUAAAUGCAAACGCCAUAGUCACCGAUCGCGCCUGAUCCAGGAGCACUUAUUGCCAAAUAGAUAAUCUUCCGAAUAGUAGUCGAAGAGAUCCCAGGUGGGAAUAAAUCGCAUAUCAACACCGCCUAAUGUAACGUAGUCCUCACCCCUUCGGCGAAAUUCGCGCUCAGCUACCCUUCCCAAGGUCUACAUGUAAACCCACUGUUCUGUCCUCUGUAAAAAAUUAACAAAGUAUUCGAUUAGUUAAAUGAAAAAAAAAAACAACUUUAUAAGACUGACAUCUAUGGGCUAAGUUGUCAAAUUCAGCCCAGCUUCGCAUAGUGUGGCACAUUUGCAAAAGAUUCGACAAAAAGGGAAACAAACAAAGAAACAAGAAAAAUAAGAAAAGAAAAAGUAAGAAUCGUAAAUUGAGCGUCGUAUAAAGUCACCCGGGCAAGGGAAAAAGAAUAAAGGAAAUCCUUUUAAAAGUUAUUUCGUAGAAAAAGAGAAGGAAAAAGAUAUAAAACACUUGUAGUUGUAAGAGGAAAUGAGCAACAUGAGGGUAAAGGAUAUCAGGCCGGCGCCCGCCGAGAUUGAAUACAAAAACAUGAAGUUCCUCAUUACUGAUCGGCCCAAUGAUCAGACCAUUCAUACUUUUAUUCAAGAACUGAAAAAGCACAAUGUGAAAGAAGUAGUGAGAGUCUGUGAACCAACGUACAAAGUGGAAGAACUUAAGACAGAAGGAAUCAAUGUCAUAGAUUUGGUAUUUGACGACGGGACGUUUCCACCAAACGAGGUAGUCGAUGAGUGGUUCGAGUUACUAAAAAAUCGAUUCCGUGAAACACCUGAUGCUUGCGUAGCGGUACACUGUGUUGCAGGGCUCGGUAGAGCGCCCGUAUUAGUUGCUCUUGCUCUCAUCGAAUUGGGUCUCAAAUACGAAGAUGCUGUUGCUUUGAUUAGAGAAAAAAGGCGAGGCGCUAUAAACGCAAAGCAACUGGCCUACCUUGAAAAGUAUCGUCCCAAAUCUCGAUUGAAGCUCAAAAAUGGACAGAAGAAUUCUUGCUGCAUCCAAUAAAUAAAUAAAUGAAAUAAAAAAAAGAAGAAGAAAAGAAACGAUCUUUUUAAAAUGAACUUACUAAUUCAUAAUUGGUAUAUCUAAUUGUAUGGGUUUCCGCGCCUGAUAACAAGUGACAUUGUACCGACUCUGUCAAAUGGCCUACCAGUGGAAAUGCAACCAAACAAUGAAUCAUUGCCAAUGGCGAUGUUUGUACCAUCCCACGUGUCUAAAAUAAGCAAUCGAGAGAGUAAUUCAGGUGCUUUAAAUCGUGGCACUUUUCAUUUACGAAAGUUGUAUAUUUAUUUUUGAUACUUAACCCAUAUUGAAUUCCAUAGGACAAAAUAAGCGUUUAUAUUGUAAGAACUCUAACUCUAACAUAAAAGAACGAGUAUUACCGAAUGCUGAAAUACAUUUACACCGCUUGUCAAAUUUGAAAUCGCAUUAAAUUGUAUAUUAUAUGAAAUAUAUGUCAGAAAUUUUCUUUUGCUUUAUAUCUUCGGAAUAUCUAUCGAUCUAUUUUGUUAGAGAGUUCUGGAGGCCAAUCCACAGACUUACAUAGUAGUACAACAUCACGUUAGACGAUCGAUGAAAUAUUUUAGCAUGCGAUUGUAUCGGAUGCUUAUCGUUUAACCGAUCGAUCUCUGAUGAACAUGGUUCCUUUCGCGUUGAGAUUAUGCAAAGCUGUGAAAUGCAGCUUCCAGAGGAAUUUAGUGCAAUACGAAUGGCGCAUAAGAUUUUUUCGAGAUGAAUAAAGCAUAGCACCGUGUAUAUAUCUGUUUAAUAUUAAACAAAAAAAGAAAUCAUUUGACUCAACUUGCUUCAAUGGGGAAAGAAAACAUUUACGUGAAAGAUUCUUUUUUUUUGUUGUUGUUUAGGGAGAAAUAAAGUAUCGCACUUUGCAAACACGAGAUGAUGAAUCAUAUAAUUGAUUUGUUUAACAAAAAGAGAGUCUUCUCUUCUACGAUAUUAAUAAUGAAAUAAUCAUAUACUAUAAAAGAAAAACGCAUAAGGCAUAUAUCGACAAGGUGUGGUACUUGCGCUAACGGUAUUGUUUCUACCUUAUUUGACUUACACGAGAAGAUCAUGAAAAGCAAGCUAACUACAGCAGUAAAUUCUAAAAAGCGAUCGCACUUUAUUCUUAUAACGAGUACUUACAUUAUCUCGAUAUUAAAAAAAGAAAAAAGAAAAAGAAAAAAAGAAGAAAGAAAGAAAGAAAAAUGUUUAUAGCUGUAAAAUAUAAAGUGUUUGAAGCUCGUAAAGCGCGAUUCUUGCAAUAUAUUUUGCGAAACUGUAAAGACGCAAUGUUCCCAUGUACGUACUUUAAUGUACCCAUCACCAUUGUGGAGAAAAUGCCUAAUCUGUACAAUAUAUAAUGUAAGAGAGAGGAUAUCUCGACCGUUCGUGAACACUAGAUUAUAUAAUUACGGUAAUUAAUAACAAGAGACAUUGCGUUGCAUUUCCAAUGGAAUGCCUAAUUGGUGGGUGUUCUUAACUCUUAUUGGACUUGGAAUCUGCGUUAACUUGAACGGCAAAUAUUGUCAAACCAAUGCGAAGUAUUUCAUCCAAAGCUGUAUAUCACUUAUCGUAGCGCAACGACAAUUUUAUCAAAACUUUUACAGCAGCCUCCGUUCGACAAAUUUUAGAGGUCAUAUAUGCGUUAAGUAACACAUUUUUCUAAUUCUUCUUCAGCAAACUUGAUAGAAUUGUCGAUGUCACUACACGCCACACUAAACUGUGUUCAAAAGAUUAGAAAAAUUUCACUCCUAAAAUAAUAAUGAAUGUAAUAAUUAGAUCAUUUCGUUAGUCCGUCGAUCAGUCGCGAAUGUACAUCUAUUUUAAAAAUGACGCGUCCUAUAUUCGCCUUAUUGCUCGUUCCAUGCUUAAGCUACCAAUAAGUUAAUAACGACCAUUGGCAUUUUUGUCAUUGACCGUUCUUAUAAGUUUUCAUUCAUAAACGACUGCUAAAGUUGCCUGUUAAUCUUUAAAAAUAAAUACAAAUUUUGUAAUUGUUUUUUGCAUCUAAGUAUGCAUGCAGGUAUGUAUGUAUGUAUGUAAGUAUGUAUGUAUGUACAAUAUUAUGCUGUGCAUUCACCAUGGUCACGGACUUUAAAUGAAAUGUUAAUCUGGUACACCUCCUGUUUUGUAAGAUUGAAAAACUGCAAUAUUUUUUACCAGAGGAUGGAACGAGGGAUAUUCGUAAAGUAACAAAUAUUCAACCUUUAAAUCCGAAGUUGAUUCAUAUUGAUUCCACUAUUCGAUCGACCUUUGUUAAAUUACCGUAAUUUACAUAAUAAUGACAUUAUUUUAAGCGUGCUCUUUGCAAGCGAAAUAGAAUACCAAUAUUUUAAAAAUAAUUAGGUAUACCUGAUAUUUUUUCUUUCUUUCUUUCUUUCUUUCUUUCUUUUUUUUCUUUUCUUUUUGAAAAAGUUACCAUCUCUCUCAAAUUUGUAUUAUUUUGGUUUUAGUUUUAUACGUCGAUUCACUUCUUCGCGGUAUUACUUCGUCAGAGAAGUAAAGAAAAAGAUUCAUUAUAGAUUUUUAUCUGUGAUACACUUUUUUGCACGGGAGAGAGUAAAAAUAGAAGGGAAAUUCGAUUGGACUUAUUGCGAUCUCAUUUUUCAUAAAUAUUGCAUUAACAUUGUGUAAAGAAGAAAUAUAUAUAUAUAUAAUGUAUAUAUAUAUGUAUAUAAUAUAUAUAUAAAUAUAUAAUAUAUAUAUAAAUAUAUAAUAUAUAUAUAUAUAUAUAUAUAUAUAUAUAUAUAUAUAUAUACGUAUACACACAUUUCUGUAUAUAUAUAUAUGUACACAUAUAUAUGUAUGUAUAUAUAUAUAUAUAUGUAUAUGUAGAAAGAGGGAAUAAAUCGAAUUUUAAAAGAGUUUAUAAAUAUAUCUAAAUUAAGUUUAAUAUAAAGAAAAUUUAUUUCAUCUAUAAGCACCAAGGAGUUGGAGAAUAUUACCGAUCUUAAUUUCUACUUCUUUUUUUUUUCUUUAACUUAUCUGCCAAUAAUUUUUGACGCUUGCGAAAGUUGCUGGCAGGUAGAGUGAAAAGAAAUAAAUAAGGACGAUCCUAAUUAAUGAGUACUCACAGAAUAUUAAGAAUCGCAGCACUCGAAGAAAUGAAUCGAAUCGCUUCUAAACAUUUGUCUUACUCAUGUAAAGACAUAGUAAUGUAAUUAUCUGUAAAUCUUUUUAUAGUUACCAUUUCAUGAUGGUGACCGUAAAUCAUAUUUGUGUAAUGAUCAAUAUGCUUCAUUUUUAAAUAAAUUUCAUCCAAUGUGAAUACCCAGAACAGGAAGAACUUAGGUAACAAAGAAAUCCUCUAUUUUGAACAGACGUAAUGAAAUAAGAACAGUCACUCCCUUCAAAUCGAUUAAGCAAGAAAUAAUAAAUUUAACGAGUUAGCGCAAUUUAAACAAGAAUUAAUAUUAUUAUAUAUUUAAUUUGUUAAUGUAAUUUACUAUCUGUCACUAUAUUAUUGACAUUGAUUAAACUAAUUAAGAAAUCGUUUUGUUAUAUUGUAAACAUCAGUAAUGAAAUAAAAAAGAACAGAAGACGUUUUGUGAGGAAAGAAUAUUUCAUGAUUAUUUUCAGAAUCUGACAAGAUGCUAAAUAAAAUGUUUCUACAUGCUAAGAUAUAAGGUUAUAAAAAUUAUUACAUGACAUUGGAACAUAGUUUACAAUCAACAUUCUAAAAUAAUAUAUUUGCAACACUUGUCAUUAUUAUUAACAAAAGUAUACGAAUUGACGAAUAUAAAAAUAUUAUAAGACAUUAUUUAAUGAAGAAACGGAAUAACAUUCAACAAAACUUUCGAUUAAUAUAAUUUUAUACUUGGUUUCCUUUUUUUUACAUAAACAUAUCAUUGUAUCCUGGAGGCGGCAAUUCGUCGUUGUCAGGAUUUUGUGGUCGCCGUGGUAUAACGUUUAAAUCGGGUGGUCCGAAAAUAUCAAAUCUUGCUCCAGGUGGGACAGCUCCGCUAAACAAAUAUUUUUAUGCUCAAGUAAUUAUUAGAAAGAGAAAAAAAUAAUGCAUAAUUCAAAGUAUAUCUCUUAAGCAUACGGUGGUAAUCUCCCAGGUACUCCUAAACCACCGAUUCCUCUUGGAUCCAUAAUCCAUGGUACACGAGAAAAUGGAUCGUAUAUCAUCCCGCCACCUCUACCUCUUCCAAGCGGAUCUAAAUCUGCUGAACCUACCCUUCUUAUGUCUGCUUCAGGAUUCCUUUGACGAUAUAAAAAAUUACACAUCGAAACUUGCAAAGAAUAUUUAGAUAGCUCAAAUAAAUAUUACCAAGGUUGCGAAACGCUCAAAGGUCUUUGAGGUGGAUCAACCCUUAAUGGUUCUGGCGGAACGUCUCUAGGUUGGCGUUCAGAAGUUGACGUUUGCGUAGAUGUGUCUACGCUAUCAAUAGGAAAUAUAGGUUCCAAAAGUUCUUUACGAAUUGUAUGCAUAACUGCUAGAUACGAAGGUAUUAACGCUUCUAAAGGACCAUGAAGCUCAUCGACAGUUUGUGCUAUAGGGAAUUGUACAUUUGCUAUAUUGUUAUUAUCUAUUCUC